AUGAUGGCCUCCAAGCUCCCCGCGCCGCCGCCAGUCAACGAUCAUGAUGCCCCACCACCUCCACCAAAGCUCGAAUUCGAGCAGGCGCCCGACCGCGGACAGUUGCCGCCCAUGUUACCGCCCAUCGACGCCUCCACAUCCUUCGACACUCUCGCACCCGCUCGGACACCGGACGCUUCUCCCGGCCCAUCACCAUCUAGUCCUUCGUUCCCCGAAACUCGUGCUAAGAAAGCGAACCCGCUCGUGGACCUCAUCGAGACGGAAAAGACAUACGUCGAACAGCUCACCGGGAUCAUCCGAAAAGUAGCCUCGGCUUGGUCCCGAAAUAAUCUGCCGCCCAAGGAUCUUGAUCUUAUGUUCCGAAGCCUUGAGAGUGUGUACAAGGCUAACAGAAGUCUAGUCUCGCGCCUGAAGGAGAUUGGUACCAACCCGUCUUCACCCAAGGCCCUCGGUGACUUACUCAUGCGAUGGAUCGAUGACCUUGAAACCCCGUACACGUCUUAUGCGGACCGUUUCUGUGUCGGGUUCGACGACUGGGAUCUUGUGCGCUCGAAUGAUCGCUUGCCCGGACUUUUAGCCGCAUUCUCAGACGCAACGCCCCCUCCACCUUUGCCCUCAGGAGAACCCGCUACAUGGACGUUGGAUCAGCUCUUCCUUCUUCCCAAAGCCCGCCUAAAGUACUACAAGAAACUCUAUGGUCGUUUGCUCAAGGGCACCCAGCCUGGUCGGAGCGAUCACAAGCUUCUGAUGGCGGCCGCUGAGAAACUCGAGCGUCUACUUGCAACAGUGGAGUCUCGAAGCACUGUGCUUCCUGGCGAUGGUCCACGUGCCCCUCCACCUCUCCACACAGAAGACGAGGUCGUGGUCGACCUGCGUACAGCAGCGAAGCCGCCUGCGCCCCUGAGCCCUGCUGGUGAUGGUCCUACUGGAAGCGAGACAAGUGCUUCAGCGAGAGGUAGCGGCAUCUCGAGCGCGAAUAGGCAUUCGGAGGAUACUACGGGUAGCGUGGUCGACCGGCCGAGCAGCGGACCCAUGGAGAUCACAAUUCCCGAGCUUGAGCGCCGGCUGUCACUCGCACGCUGCAUGGACAUUUUCACCAUGACACCAAAGCAAGUCAAGCUGUCGCUCUUGCCGCCUUCGCUUCCCUUUGUGCGUCAAGUACGCUGCGGCACGGACGCACGGAUCACCUUCGUACCGCGAGCGACAGGCGUGGAAGUACAUCACUCGCGGGCCCGCAUCUUCGUGCUUUCGGACUUAUUCCUGGCGUGCGAACUCGAUGCAACGGAUGGCGAGCAAGACAUGUAUCUGUUGUACCCACCGCUUGCCGGCAAGUUCCUCAAGGUCACGCCGGUGGACGGGAACGAUAACCAAUUGCACUUGAAUGUGAUGAAGAAGGAGAAGCUGACCAUUGAGGUGGCAAACCCGCGAGUUCGCGACCAGCUCAUAGCCGAUUUCACCGAAUGCAUCGGGUUUGCAACUGCCACGCAUUCAGCGAGCAAACAUCCCAUGCCAGCCCUGCCUCCUUUGGGCGGCCUCCCUCAACGCCCGGGUGCUGGCCCGAGUAUGCAGUCAAGUCAAUCGGUACCAACGCUCGGCUCUCAACAAAGCCCACCGCCCUCGCGUAUAUCGUCUCCACCCGUUACUUCGCCAGGAGGGAGCAUGAGCCAGCAUUCAGGCAGCGGCACCUUCUCACCUCCGCGUUUCGGUUCUCCCGCGAGCGACGAAAGUAGCGAUCGAGAGCGAUCCCGCUCAAUCGCAGACAGCAUGUCCCGCUUUGCCGACUCGCCCGGCCCGCAACGCCAGCCGACUAUCGACGGACUCGGUGGUCCUCAGCGUAGCAGCACCCAGGCAACGUUCGAUGAUGGGCGCCCGCCACGCAUGUCUCCGCCCGGUCCAGGACAGAUUAUGCCUGGCGGUUUUGGUCCUGGUCAGGUUAUGCCCGGGUCAGGCUUCGGUCCCGGUCAGAUCAUGCCAGGUAACGGGUUCGGUCCUGGUCAGGUCAUGCCGCCUGGAGGGUUCCAACCUGGACAAGUUGUUCCACCUCCGAGGAGUACGAGCGCGGGGAUUCCUCAACGACCGGGACCAGGAGGACCCGGAGGAUUGCCGCCACGGCCGGGUAUGGGGAUGGGCGGCCCGCCUCCUCCUGGGCCGCCUGGCGGUAGGCAGCCACUGCAACGCGCACCAUCCAAUGGGCCGGUACCGCCCGGCCCGCCAUUACAACGCAACCCGUCGUUUCCCAAUAGUCCGCCUCCUGGAGCUGGGCCAGGUGUCCAGCGCCAACCCUCCCUGCCAGGCGGCCCUGGUCAACCGCCGUUCGAUGGCCCGCCCAACGGUCCUGGCCCACAGCGCCAACCGUCAUUACCACCUGGUGGUCCCGGCCAGCCACCGUAUCGCAAUGGUCCACCAGGUCCGCCUGGUCCUCCUGGUGGCGCAUUCAUGCAACAACGGCCACCUCCCGGAGCUGGCCCCGGAUACCCUCAGCGCAACGAUUCGCUACCACCUCCACCGGGCGACGGACCCGGUGGCCCACCGCCUCCCCCUCCGAACAAGCUCGGAUUACCGCCCAAUCCGAUGGCCUCGCGCAGUACACCGACGACGCCUAUAGGUGGCUCAUUCCCUAAUGGCGCGGGAUAUCCCCAGCCGCCAGCACCUCCCUUCGCGAGUGUGCCGCAUCGUGCGCCGAGCGAUCCGAGCUUCCAAGGUGGAUUGCGUAAAGCGCAGAGCUCACACUCGCUCCAUGCACAAUUCGACCAGAGGCCGGCAAGUGCUAUGGAUGCGCCGCCGAUGCCGAAUGGUCCGGGCGGCUUCCUGCCGCGUCGGCAGAGCCAGACGAGUUUGGCGGGGAGCUUCAGCGCGGCGCUGCCGAGCGAGCGUUUCCUGUCGCGCAAUCCGAGCAUGCGGCAGCCGUUCGACAGUCCGCCUGGCAGUCCGGAGAUGGCGCGUCAGCAAUUGCCGCCGGAGCAACCUGUGACGAGCACGAUCAGCGCGAGCAUGAAGUGCAAGGUGUUCGCGAAGCAGCAUCACGCGCAGUGGAAGGCGCUAGGUGCUGCCAAGCUCAAGCUGUAUCGCCAGGAGCCGGGUAAUCUGAAGCAGCUCGUCGUUGAGGCCGAUGAUAAGGCGAAGACGGUGCUCAUCAGUACCAUCGUGCUCACCGAUGGCGUCGAGCGCGUCGGGAAGACUGGUGUUGCCGUUGAGCUGAGCGAUCGUGGUGCGAGGACAGGGAUCGUAUACAUGAUACAACUGCGGAACGAGACGAGCGCGCAGGGGUUGUACGAGAGUUUGCUGGCUGGAUCGGACAGGAAGGCGGCAUAG